CGGAUUUUAAUCAUUGCGUCAAUUUCUUGUCUGGUCCUUUUUCUAUUUCACGUGUGAUCUACAUCGUGAUUAUCCAAUAACACCCCUUUUCUAUUGCAGGUAACAGAUAUCCUCUCAUCUCUAGCACAAGCUCUAAACGAUUUGUUUAUAAUAUUAAUGAGCAUUUGUCUUUCAUCACGUUUCCAGCAAAUAUCCAAACGGCUCAGCGAAAAAAACCUGAAGCACAGUACGAUAUCGUUUUGGAGGGAAAUUCGCGAGGACUACGACAGGCUGGCUAAUCUUUGCAAGGAAUUAGACAGCAAUAUCUCCCCGUUGAUCCUUUUGUCUUAUUCCCUAAAUAUGUUCUAUCUUUUGAUUCAGCUGUAUCAUAGUUUAGAAUCGAUUUCCCUGGUGACUGAAAAAAUAUAUUUCGCGUAUUCGUUUUCGUUUCUCAUCUACAAAACCACGUCGGUGUCGCUGUACGCGGCCAGAAUCAAUGACGAAAGCAAAACUCCGACCACCAUUUUGAAUUCGGUCGACUCUUCCCUUUAUAAUGUGGAGAUUCGACGAUUAUUGACUCAGAUCAGUCUUGACAAGACGGCUCUCACAGGUUGCAAAUUGUUUACCAUCACCCGAGGACUUAUACUUAGCGUGGCAAGUGCAGUUGUAACUUACGAACUGGUGCUGAUACAGUUCAGUUCCGCAAACCUAUAUGGUUCAACGUAAAAAGCUGUGACCUGUGCAG